AUGGUCAUUGGAAACUCCAAAUUUGAUGAGUAUGUGGAGCAGCUGCUGCUUGCCUGGUUGCAGCUUCUAUAUUUUCUCUUGUGGAUUUUGAAGGCAGUGAGUAAAAUGGGAACCCCAGUACGCAGUGGAAAUACAAGAAAACCAAACGAGACAAAGCGGCUUCUUGUAACAAUGUUCAUUGGACUUGUGUUUGGCUUCUUUGCAGGAGUAUCAUUUCCAACACUCUCAAUUAUUAAGAUGAAUCUCCCAUCCACCCUUUUUCCUUCCCUUGAUCUCACGUACAGAGAGGACAAGUACUCAAGCCUAUCAAGCCAAACACAGUUGGAUGCCUGGUCUAAUCUGAAGGGAAAUAGAGGCACUCUAACUCCGGUUCUGAAAUUAAAUGAUGCAAAGAUUUGGGUUCCAACAAAUCCUCGAGGUGCUGAAAGACUAGCCCCAGGUAUCAUUGAAUCUGAAUCAGAUUUAUUCCUCCGCAGAUUGUGGGGUCGACCCAAAGAGGAUUUGACCAUCAAACCCCAGUAUCUUGUCACCUUUACUGUUGGUUAUGAUCAAAGAAACAAUAUAGACACUGCUCUUAAAAAGUUCUCAGAGAACUUUACCAUUCUACUGUUCCAUUAUGAUGGUCGAACAAGUGAAUGGGAUGAAUUUGAAUGGUCAAAGCGGGCUAUUCAUGUUAGUGCUCCAAAGCAAACUAAAUGGUGGUUUGCCAAGCGCUUUUUGCAUCCUGACAUUGUGGCACCCUACGACUACAUAUUUAUGUGGGAUGAAGACCUAGGGGUGGAGCAUUUCGAUGCAGAGGAAUAUUUAAAACUGGUUAGGAAGCACAAGUUAGAGAUUUCUCAGCCUGGUUUAGAACCGGAUGGAUAUUUAACAUGGCAGAUGACGAAGAAGAGAGAUGAUGGUGAAGUACACAAAGAAGCAGAGGAGAAAGAUGGUUGGUGCACUUCUCCACCUAUACCACCAUGUGUAGAAUUUGUCGAAAUCAUGGCUGCCGUGUUUUCACGAGAUGCUUGGCGUUGUGUUUGGUAUAUGAUUCAGAACGACUUGGUUCAUGGAUGGGGUUUAGAUUUUGCUCUUAGGAAAUGCGUGGAGCCUGCUCAUGAGAAAAUAGGUGUUGUGGAUGCUCAGUGGAUUGUCCAUCAGGGUGUUCCAUCUCUUGGGAACCAGGGGCAAGCUGAAAAGGGGAAGGCAGCACGGGAGGGAGUGAGAGACAGGUGUAAAAAGGAAUGGGCAAUGUUCCAAAAUAGGUUGUCUAAUGCAGAAAAGGCUUACUAUACAUCAAUGAAAAUGGGUCCUCCCAAUACCUCCCUUCAUUAGAGAUCGUUACAGUAUUGCACUACACUGCUACCUUUGUUUUUUUUCUUGAGGUUCCCCAUUUUUGUAAUAGUCUCACAAAAUAACUAAUAAAAGAAAAUUCACUCCUCUAUUUUC